CAAAAAUAAUUUGAAAAAUUCCUUGGCAGAGCUUUCCGGGCAGACUUGUUCAAAAAAGGCUGAAGAGCAAUUAGACAGUAUUAAUUUAAGCUCCAGGGCAGAACCUGAAUUAAAUAAAAAGCUAAUAGAAACCCGAUAUGGGAUGCGCACUCGUUCGCGAUAUGUAGAGAAACAAGAACCAAAAAAGGCAAAUCAAGAACAACAGCAAGGGAAUCCGAAAAAAAGAAACCCCAGAUCCUCCCGUAAAUCAAACGCUAUUAAUGAACAGAUGGCGCACAUGCCAGAAAAAGCAAUCGAUAUGUCUCCGACCAGUCUUCCGACUUGUACUGCGGCUCCUGAUGCUGUAAUUGAAAAAGAUUUGUUAUCAAUUGAGCCUGAAAAUCUCAGCACAACUCAGUUAAGUAACGAUAUAGAAACUCCAAGAAGUGACAAUUCCGUAACGUUAGGCCAGACGGAGUCUUUUGAAUUCGGCAAACCAGAAUCGACAUAUUCCAAAGCCAAUUGUGAAUUAGAAGAUAAGCUCAUCAAUGAAGUCAAGGAACUGGCUGUACCAGGUGGCGGAACUACGGAUAUAAAUCAAUUAUUGACUGACGUUGGCAAAUGCGAAAUUUUUCAAUCGGGUGCUGAAGAAAUCGAUCGUUGUUUGGAAGUGUUCAUUAAUAAGACGCCAAGUGAAAUUGAUCACCAGAUAGCUGAUACAUCUGAUUUUUUCGAUAAUUUGCCUAGUCUAUCAACUUUAGUGGAUAAAACGCCUUUGGAAAUGGCUGUGCUACUGAAUGAUACGCUCAAUUAUGAUGUUGAUGUGGAAGAUGAUGAUGAUGAUAAUGAUGCUAUAUCGGUGACCACAUCCUGGGAUGGCGAUGAUCAAUUGCCAGUGUCGAAUCCCGCGGUGUCUGAGAAGGAAUCAACUAUUGGGGAGCAGCCUGAGAUGACGAGCGCCGCUGCAGAUACAGAACCUGCAAAGCAGACCAAGGAAUUGCUGUCCUACCGCAUACUCAAAGGGACACAUACUCAAACAGAGAAGCCACAUAAAGAAGAAGAAGUACAACCGACUAAAACUAUUGUAGACCGGGAAGAGAUAGAGCUGCAGCAGCCAGAGCCACAACAAAAGAAUCAAACACGGCACCAGAAACUGGAACAGUCAUUUCGAAAUCAGCCAGAGAAGGAACGAGUUAUACAGGCUGAGGCACUAUUGGAAGAGCAAUCUAAUCCAAGUGCUGUGGACCGAGAAAAGAUAGAGCUGCAGCAGCCAACACCACAACAUAAGAAGCAACUGCUGCAGCACCAGGAAUGUCAAGAGCGACGGCAGCAAUCGCUUCCACGGCUGCAAUUCAUUCCAUUACAUCAUCCAAUUAGACAGGGUUCGUUACUUACACGAGAAGCCAAUAAUGUGCCCCUCUUUGGGCCACUAUAUCGUGUGCCUUUGGAGUCAACUUCCACCGCUCAUACUUCUAUUCCAAAUGAUAGGAAAUAUUUUAUAUUUGGAAUUAAAUGCUGGGCCUAUUUGGACGGUCGGUGCCAGGCCAUCAACUGCAAUCACAUUCUGGCGAGCCCGUGGGAUGUGCAACGCAAGCUAAAUCAGAUGACGACUGAUAAAUUGUGUGAUACCUACAGCAUGGUCUUGCGACAUGGUAUGUUGUUCCGCAACUAUUUUAUCAUUUUCGCUGAGAUCUAUGGCAAUCGGGGCAUGAUGUCGUAUUUAAUGAAAAUGGUUGAGGAUUGUGGCUUAUAUAUGGCGUAUAGUGCACCCUAUAUAACUGAACUCUACUGUAUCUUAAUGCGUUACAAGCUAAUGCCACAAAUAGCAACCAAACACAUUAUGAAGCAUCUAUGGGGUCCAGAAAUUGGUCAAACCUAUCCAGAAUUUGCUAUGCAACUUCUUCGAAUUCUUGCGUCGGCUGAUUGGUUUAACUAUCUACCACAACUGUAUCAUCUCUUCAACAAUCAAAAAUUUCCCAUACCUGGCGAAUUUAUGGUCUGCUUAGCUAAUGAUGCCAUUGCCAAAAAUGACGACGCGCUCGUUAAGAAAGUCUGGGAGAUGACGCUCUUCUGUCCCAUAAACCUAAAGGAUGCCACAUUGACUUCGGUCAUUACAGCCCUUAACGCUUGUUUACGUAAUCCAUCAACCCAGCCGCCGCAUCAAAAGCAACAGCAACCAAACCAAUCUUCACAGGAAAAAAAUCAGCAGCAGCCGCUACUAAACUUAAAGAGACGCUUCAACAGUGCGGCUCAAAAAAAGAAAGGGAGGAAGUAA